AUGCAUAUUAUUCAAAUAUUAUUUGUGUUUGUAAUAUUACAUGAAAUUAAUGGUAAUGUAGGCAGUGAUUUUGUUGAAAGUUUAAAACGUCUUGUUCGAUCAAGUUGUUUUUGUUCGAAAAAUGAAUGCUGUUCAAAAUGGGGUUAUUGUGGUAAAACAGAUGCAUAUUGUGGUGAAGGAUGUCAAUCUGGUCCAUGUAAUAUAUCACCUAAUACACAACAUGGUAAUUUUGAUAUAACACCAGAAACAUUUGCAUGUAUUUUUCCAAUGAUUAAACCUGAUUUACGUGCUCAACGUUAUAAAGGUUUAAUGGAAGCGAUGAGAUUAAUGAAUUGGAAAUUAAGCAAUAGUACAGAAGCAGCUGUAUUUUUUACACAUGUAUCACAUGAAACUGAUGGUCUUAAAACUCUUGCUGAAUAUUGUUCUGAUCAAGGCACCUGUAAUAAUUAUCAAUCAUCAUGGUGUUCAAUUCAAGCCCGUCCAAAUAUAAAAUAUUUUGGUCGUGGAUGGUUUCAAUUAUCUUAUCCAUGUAAUUAUUAUAAUGCUGGCAAAGCUCUUGCAAUUGAUUUACUUAAAAAUCCCGAUCUAGUUAGUCAUUCAGAUAAAAUAGCUGCUGCAACAGCUAUUUGGUAUUAUAAAGAAACUGGUAUGGAUAUAUUAGCACAACAAGGUGAUUUUGGAAGUACAACUCGAAAAUUAAAUGAAUAUGAAUGUUCAGGAAAAGCUGGAUAUCAUAUGCAAGCAGCACGAGUACAAUGUUAUCAUCGAGUUCGCAAAUGUUUUAAUCUUCCACAUGCAACAACAAACCUCAUCUGCUAA